CUCCGGCGCGCUCCUCGGGGCACCUUGGCGCCUAACUUUGUAUGAUCAUCGGUAACCUUCUGUUACCGGGGCUUAGGCUACUUCUGUGAUAUUCGUUGGUUCUAGGAUAAUUUGCCGAAGGGGUCUCUUAACGCCUUGGGUACUUCCCAUAAAUAAUUCACGAAAUCCUCUUAGGUGGGUGUUACCUUUACUUUGAGUUUCUAAAGCAAUCUAAGGACAACAGAAAGGAGUAAGGAUGACCUGAAGCUGUCCGUCUUUGUUCUCGGCCAGAAACAGUCGUAUCUGAAAUGAGUAGCCAGGUGGCCAUCUUUGUUUCUGGCAAUGAGGGUCGGAGAGCUGAAGCCGAUAGCGGCCAUGAUUAGUGCUGGCACAAUAGUCACGGCCUCGGGCGCUGUUAAUUUAACGUCGGGGCCCUUCUUGCUGAUCCCAUCCAAUCCAGUUUUAAAGCAGCGGUUCCAGGGUUCUCCGGGCCUCCCUCGGACCCGCACCCCGAAGCUGGCGAGGCCGAAAGCGAGGAUACAGAGAAGACCCGGAAGUGGUGAGGACCUCGAAGCACGUGAUGGGGGAACCGGCUGGCGCUGUCACGUGACCAGCCACCCUCGAUUCCUUAGUGUGGAAUGUUCAGCGGCUCUUAAAGACCCUCCCCGUCCCGUCGGAGCCAACUCUGAACUUUCGCUGACUCUGGACCCCUGGGGGAACCUGACCCUGAUGCCAUGGGAGGCUGUGCAGGCUCUCGGCGGCGCCUCUCGGAUUCCGAGGAAGAGACGACCGCCCGGGCGCCGCGGCCCCCGCCGGCCCCGCGGGGCGCCCACUGGAGGAACGCGCUGGGCUUCUGGCUCCUGGGCCUUUGCAACAACUUUUCUUAUGUGGUGAUGCUCAGUGCUGCUCAUGACAUCCUUAGCCACAAGAGGGCAUCUGGGAACCAAAGCCAUGUAGACCCAGACCCAGUCCCCACCCCCCACAAUAACUCAUCUCGAUUUGACUGCAACUCCGUCUCCACAGCUGCAGUGCUCCUGGCAGACAUCCUCCCCACUCUCGUCAUCAAAUUGCUGGCUCCCCUUGGCCUUCACCUGCUGCCCUACAGCCCCCGGGUCCUUGUCAGUGGGCUUUGUGCUGCUGGAAGCUUCAUCCUGGUUGCCUUUUCUCAGUCGGUGGCGAUCAGUCUGUGUGGUGUGGUCUUGGCUAGCAUCUCAUCAGGCCUGGGGGAGGUCACCUUCCUCUCCCUCACUGCCUUCUACCCCAGGGCUGUGAUCUCCUGGUGGUCCUCAGGUACUGGGGGAGCAGGGCUGCUGGGGGCGUUGUCCUACAUGGGCCUCACCCAGGUUGGCCUCUCCCCCCAGCACACCCUGCUGUCCAUGCUGGGCAUCCCCGCCUUGCUGCUGGCCAGCUACUUCUUUUUGCUCACAUCGCUGGAGCCCCAGGACCCUGGAGGGGCGGAAGAGGCAGAGAGAGCAGCUCGGCAACCCCUGAUGAGCACCGAGGCCCCAGAAUCAAAGCCAGACUCCAGCUCAAGCCUCUCCCUUCAGGAGAAGUGGACUGUGUUCAAGGGCCUGCAGUGGUACAUUGUCCCCUUGGUCCUGGUUUACUUCGCCGAGUAUUUCAUCAAUCAGGGACUUUUUGAGCUCCUCUUCUUCCGGAACACGUCCCUGAGCCACGCUCAGCAGUACCGCUGGUACCAGAUGCUGUACCAGGCCGGCGUCUUUGCCUCCCGCUCUUCUCUUCAGUGCUGUCGCAUCCGCUCCACGUGGGCCCUGGCCCUGCUGCAGUGCUUCAACCUGGCCUUCUUGCUGGUGGACGUGUGGUUGAGCUUCCUGCCGAGCAUCUACCUCGUCUUCCUGAUCAUUGUGUAUGAGGGGCUCCUGGGGGGUGCUGCCUACGUGAACACCUUCCACAACAUUGCCCUGGAGACCAGUGAUGAGCACCGGGAAUUUGCCAUGGCAACCGCCUGUAUGUCUGACACCCUGGGGAUCUCCCUGUCGGGGCUCCUGGCCCUGCCUCUGCACGACUUCUUCUGCCACCUCUCCUGACACUGGGCUCCUUGGGACACAAGAUGCACUGGCAGAUGGGCAGGUUAGACCCCGGCCCACAGCCCAGGGCCCACCCACGAGCUCUGCCCUGGACUUCCCUGCAUGGCUGGGCUGCAGAAAAGCGCCCAGGUCCCGUUUCCCUCUGAGCAAGGGGCAGCAGCUUUCUCCCCUCCACACUGAUCUUGGGGACUCUCUUCCUGGCAUUGUGCCCUCGGAAUAAAUGUCUAUAUUAUCGAUUGA